UGUCUAGUGAGUGUGACUCUUCUAGUGAAUACUAAGCAUCUUACGUGCACAAAUCCAUAACCAUUGUCCAUAAAUCUUCAAACAUUUCCUCAAACAACAAUGCAGCGUUAGCCUAGCGUAACACUCCGAAAAAUUUUAUUUGUGUUCUUCGGUAGAGAAACACCUGUCCCCUGAAGGUGACACCUACUGUCUUUAGCAGGCUGAACAAAUUUACUGGACGAAAUGUGUUUAAGUCAGUGCAUUGUGCAUUGUUUCUAAAGUUGAGUUGAGCUGAAGUUUGAGUCACUUUAGGCUUUGAGAAAAGAAACUGGAGGCCUUGGUCGUCCAUUUCGGAUACAGUUCACAUUAUAUAAAUAGUGUGAGACAUGUGUGAUCUGAGCAGCUUGCAUGUGGAGAUUACACUUCAGUUUGUGCACUGUAGAAAAAAAAAGAGGAGCAAGAAGGAAUUAAAACAAGCAGGCUUCUGUAGCGACACGUGUCCGUAGACUAUUGCAUUUUGUUAAAAAAACUGGAGGUGGUUCUGCUACCUGAGAUGGGCAGGUAACUGUGUGGGUUGCCCUUUUGAGGAAGAGAAUUUAAAUCAUGUUUUUACUUCGGAAUUAUGCCUCGUGUCGGUUGGCUUCUAUCCUGUAACAUAUUGCAUGCUGUGGAUUUAACAUUUAACACCAUGGAAAAGCUUCCAUGAGGAAAACGUGGAGUUUUUAUGCUUUCAUCUCAGUUGAUAAAUCUCCAAAAAACUUGAUGUACUUCUUUAACAGAUAAAGGUCAACACGGAGGCAGGGAGAUACUUCUCCGAGAGUAGUGACUUGGAGAGGGCUGACCGUCGGGCUAUGAAGGCUUUGUGCAGAGAGUUGGAUACUGUGCCACAGAACAGAGAACACUGAAAGCUGCUGUGUUGCUCUGGGCAAGCUAACUUCUCAAUGUGAAGCUGUCCCAUGAUGCAACAUGUGUCCCCAGCACCUGCAGUGACAAUGAUGGCCACCCAGAGCGUUCCUCCACCAUCAUACCAGGAGAGCCAACAGAUGACGGGCAACACUCAGCAGAACACCAAGACCCCACAGGUCCAUAUCCCAGCAGCCACUGCAGCAGGAAAUACCUCUGUCAGUGUGACCCUUGACCCCCAGGCCCAGCUUGAGUCUGACAAGAGGGCUGUUUACAGACAUCCGUUGUUCCCGCUACUGGCCUUGUUGUUUGAGAAAUGUGAGCAGGCCACACAGGGAUCUGAAUGCAUCACAUCAGCCAGCUUUGAUGUGGACAUUGAAAACUUUGUUCACCAGCAGGAACGAGAACACAAGCCCUUCUUCAGUGAAGAUCCGGAGCUGGACAACUUGAUGGUAAAGGCCAUUCAGGUGUUGCGGAUCCACCUGUUGGAGUUAGAGAAGGUCAAUGAGCUCUGUAAAGAUUUCUGCAAUCGUUACAUCACUUGCCUCAAGACCAAGAUGCACAGUGACAACCUCCUCCGUAAUGACCUCGGAGGGCCGUAUUCUCCAUCACACACCAGUCUCAACAUGCAGCAGGAACUAAUUCAGACCUCCUCUCCAUCCAUGACCUCUGUCUCCAGCUCUGUUAACCCUUCAGGGAUUGUGGUGCCUGCUGGGGGUUUGCAACAGGGCAAUGUCGCCAUGACGACAAUCAACUCUCAAGUGGUGUCAGGUGGGACCCUGUACCAGCCGGUUGCCAUGGUGACCUCACAAGGGCAAGUGUUAACGCAGACACUGCCGCCGGGAACCAUCCAGAUCCAAAACUCACAGGUAAACGUGGACCUGUCAUCCCUGUUGGACGGCGAAGACAAGAAGUCCAAGAAUAAGAGGGGUGUCCUGCCCAAACAUGCCACCAACAUCAUGCGCUCUUGGCUCUUUCAGCAUCUCAUGCACCCAUACCCAACAGAAGAUGAGAAAAGGCAGAUUGCAGCACAAACAAAUCUAACCCUUUUGCAAGUUAACAACUGGUUCAUCAACGCUCGUCGACGCAUCCUCCAGCCCAUGUUGGAUGCCAGUAACCCAGACCCAGCUCCUAAAGCAAAGAAGAUGAAGUCCCAGCAUCGUCCAACUCAGCGCUUCUGGCCCGACUCCAUUGUGGCUGGAGUUCUGCAGACACACAGAUCUCAAACAGGAAACAACUCAGACAACCAGCUGAGUAUGGACAGCCUUCAGUCGCUGUCAUCAGACUCAGCCACGCUGGCCAUGCAGCAAGCCAUGCUGGGAGCUGACGACUCUAUGGAUGGCACCGAAGAGGAAGAUGAAGAGGAAGAGGAGGAGGAAGAGGAGGAAGGUAUGGAAGAGGAAGAAGAGGAAGAGGACGCAGACGAGGAAAAUGACAGGGGCAGGCAAAUGUCCAAUGUAGUAAGGAGGGAUCUGAGCAUGGAGCACGGAGAGGAACUGGAGCCUUGUUCCACUGCCUUCAAAAUGUCCAUCGCCAAGGCAGCGGCCAAGGCCAUGUUAUCUGAUGCCCUGCUGCAGGACAGCCCUGGGAUAAACCGGAUCAACCACCUGGAGCUGGAGCUUCCUCUGGACAAGGUCAUCAAGUUUGUGUCUGUCGGCCUGCCGUUGAUGCUGGUAUGCAUGGCCUUUGCCCGUGAGAUCUCCCUGGGGCCUCAGAUCAGCUGUUUCCCUCCCAGCAAUUUCACCAUCAAACAGGCCAGCUAUGUAGACACAUACUGUUGGGAUUCUCUCAUGCAUCAUGAGUUUGACAGCAAUGGGAACUUUGAGGAGCGUUCACUCUGGGUACACAAAAUGUUCCCUUACUCUCUCCUAGCCAUGGCGGUGUUGAUGUACCUGCCUGCUCUGAUCUGGCGCCAGCUUGUCAUGCCCACACUGGGCUCAGACCUACUCUUUGUAAUUGAUGAACUGGACAAGUCAUACAACCGCUCGAUCCGCCUGGCCCAGAGCAUUCUGGACAUGCGUCAGAACACUAGGAACCCCCUCACAUUUCAGGCCGAACUGAAACGGGCAAAGAAGAAACGGUACUUUGAGUACCCUCUACUGGAGAGAUACAUGAAGUGCAAACAAAACUCCUACUUCCUUGUUAGCAUGCUUUUUUUGAGGGGCUUCCUGCUCCUGACCUUCAUGACUGCUGCCUGUCUCUACCUGGCCUACUUCCACCUCUCUGCCUUUCUGCAGGAUGAGUUCAGCUGCUUUGUUCGCACAGGCAUGCUGCGGGAUCAGAACUGGGUUCCUGAACUGGUUCAGUGUAAAAUGGUUGGCCAGUUGGUUUUUCAGGUGAUAAGCGUCGCCAACGGGGCCAUCUAUGUCCUGCUGGCUCCUAUAGUUCUCUUCAGCCUGAUCCGGCUCUUUGUUUGGGACACCACCUUCAUCUCUGUCUAUGAGGUUCUCCCAGCCCUGGAUGUUAUCAACCACCGUAGGCUAGGCUGCCCAUUGAAUGAUCUCAAUGUGAUCCUGCUCUUCUUACGUGCCAACGUAGCACACCUGAAGUCCUAUGGUCAGGUGAGGGCAUUGUGCUCACUGGCGCCACCACAGGUGGGCAACACCAAUGUAGGGCAGGGUGUGAAUGCAAUUUUGACCCAAGAGGAGAUGGAAGAACGUGAAGAGGCUGAGAUGGAGCUGGCAGAAGAAGUGGAGGAGGCCAAGGAGGAGGGGAAGCUCAACCUAGUGGAUAUCAUGACUGUUCUGGGAGCAGCACAGGGAAGAGUGAUAAACUGCAACGAGAAGAGGCCUCUUGUGGAGGAGAAUAUGACUCUUGGUACCGUUACGCUUAUCUACACACUCAAACGUAUUCUGCUAGCAGCUAUUUUCACAUACAUCAUUUGGGAUGUACAGAAAAUUAUUAAGUGACCUCCAGACAACAGCUAGUCUCGAAAAUGAAUAGCAAGUGCUUUAUAUAUAAGGCAGCAGAAGCAGUUCUCCCUGUACAGCCACUGAAUACAGAAUAGGUCAUAUCCAAAUGGACCCGAGGAAGCAGUUUGAGAAACAUUUGCAACUGUAGGCAGUAAAUUCAACUAUUUGAACAUUGCUUAGUCAUUUUUUCCUCUUUAUUAUCUGUAACUAUAGUGCUUGUUAUUUUCCUUUGAAAUUAAACUGAACUUCUUAAAGACUAUGUAAAGCAUUGGCUAAUGUAGAAGAGAUAGAUCUGUGGUACUACCUAGCUCUAACUGCCCUCUCUG